ACCCUGAGGAUUCACAGAUGGUGAUAAUCUGGAUCUAACGGAAAUAAUUCCCCAAAGCCGUGCGAAGGGGGGCACGUGCAGGGUAGCAAAUGUUUUUCAAGUGAAUUCAUCAGAUCGCUUGCCAAUUUUGACACUUGUCUCAUACUUGCAUCGGAUUACAAUCGAUAUUCCAGUAAUUUUCAACUGUAAAAAUCAUGGAUUUACUCGGUUCUAUACUUAAUUCCAUGGAUAAACCUCCCACUGUCAGUGACAAGCAAAAGGCGUUGAUAAAAAAGCAACGCGAGGAACACGAGAAACGCCAGAAAGCAGAGGCCGAUAGGUUGAAGAAAUUCCGUGAACAGGUUGAACACAAGAUUAAUAAAUUUCUAAAGGAUGAGAAUCUCAAGGAGUAUAAAUUUGCUCCAAUGGAAAAGGUUUACCGUACAAUUGUACAUGAUGUUGCUGAAGUUGCUAGUGUGUGGGCGUACUCCUUCGGUGAGGAGGGUAUCGACAGGCACAUCAUGCUUUUUAAAAGAGAACAUGCCCCCUCAGAAGACCAACUGAACGCACUCCGCAGAGGUGAGGAAUGGAACGACGAAAUUGCCAAGCAAUUACAGAUAGACAGAGAACGACAAGCCAAGGAGGAUGCUGAAUACGCAAAAAGUCGCAAACGAAAGGACAAUUUCGUACCAAAUUCCAAUUACAAAGACAAAUAUGAACAUUUGAUUGGAAAGGAAUCAGCACUUGAGGCUGCGAGAAAGACUGAAUCAAGCAGUAGCUACGGCUUUGUCCCCAGUGAGAACAAAAAAGACCAGCGAAGUAUAGAGCAGACUCUGGCUGACAUCAGAGCAAAGAGGAGAAGAAUCGAAGCUGAGAAUCAGUUCCAGACGGAAACGAAGGAAGAGGCUGACUAAAAUCUGGUCAGAUUACUUGUCACUUAUUUUUCGAGAAUAAUGAAUGAACUGUACAUAUAAAUCAAGUAGUUGGAAUAUUUCCCUCCGAGAUUAUAAAUAAUCGUAAUUAAUUAAUUGAAUAAUUUCAUUGUUCAAUAUAUUUACAAGUAUGUUACAAUUUUUAAGUAGUCAAUGGUGAUGAUCGAUUGAAUAAUCACAAGUAUUCGGUAGCUGAAUAUUUUUGAACUGAAGUCCUCGGCGCUGGCUUCGGCUUACUAGCAGGAACUGGAUCGAAUACGAUCUGUUGUUUAAGUUCGAUAAAUUUGCUAAAUUCCUUCCCUGUUGUACUCUUGUAGAGCUCCAAACCCCGUUCGAUAAUAAUAUCACGAACAUAAACUGCGUUGUCCUGGACUAAUUUUCUCUGUGAAACGUGUACCACAAAAUUACUAGAUAAUCAACCGUAAAUGACAAAAAUAAACUAAAAACACUUUUCAUUGUUCUUGUGGAAAAGCAUGAAAAGAAAAUCUAGAUAAUUAAUAAAAAUUUUAAUUUAAAAAAUUCAAUGUGGUAUAUUUUACUAAUUGAGCAAAGCGACAGCUAUCUACGUUGUGAACCAAUAAACAAAAUCAAAAACGGCAAA